AAUGCUCUUAAAAAGACAAAAAAAAAAAAAAAAAAGACAGAAGUUUAGAUCACAUUGGAAGUUCCUUGUUUUUCUUCAACAUGAUUUUUUGCUUAAAGGGACCCAGCAGCAGCACACCAUGAUUUUGAAGCUCCAUGUCUGUUCUAUUAUUUGAAGUCAGCCUCCAGCUACUGAAAAAAGAAAAAAGACAAUUUAGGCUAAAGGAUUGCUCAUGUGCACUGGUGAAGGCCCCUCACCUUGUUCACUGCACUGUGUCGAGACACCAAGGUGCAGAUUAGGACAUAAAAUGAAGACUAUCCGUGAAAACCAGAAGAUCCAUUGUGACAAUUAAGGGCGCUAAGGACAAUUAAGGCGACAGAGGACAAGAGGUACCAGGCUAGACAAGCAUGGAUGAUUUUUCAGAAGACACAACUUAUAAGCAACAGGAGGAUCUGCCUUAUGAUGGUACUGUCUCCCAAAUGAUGAUGUGUGGUGAUGGCAAUUUUACCUCAAAAAAUAACAUCCUUGGUGUCUCAGAUCAAGUUAUGCUAACAGAAGAUGAUCCUCGAGAAAGGGAAGCACAUAAUGAGACUUGCCCAGAUACAGCUGUGGCCAUGACUCAGGGCAAAAUUACUGAAAAUGGUUUUGUUGUUGACAAAAACUGGGAUAAAGAGAAAAAUUAUCCCAUGACAUUUCAUAUUUCAGCUGAUGAAGGAGAUACUUCAAAGUCAAAUAUUUCUGACAUUUUGCUCCAUCAUCUUUUUAAGGAGCAAUUUUUAGGAAGUCAAGGCAUUGAUUGUGAAACUCUCCCAGAGACCUGUAAUGCUGAUAGUACUGAUGAAGUGGCUAUUAUUACAAAUACUUCUUCAUGCUAUGUUAAGAACUUCUGUUCAAAAGAACAAACCCGAGAAUUCCCUGACCAACUCAGCCCUAAAAGGGAUGGUGAAAACAGCAGGAAGCCCAGUUGUUCUCCAAAUUCUUCUGAGUUAGAAGAGUUAGUAGAUAUUGGAAAUAGCAGCCCUCAAGAAAAUUCAGAUUUUCUAACAAAAAUCACAGAUGUGAGUGAUAAACACAAAAGUUGCGAAGGACAGGAACCCCAGAAACAAGUAACUGAAAAAGCAAGCUCAAGUCAUUUGUUCAAAUAUGGCAGAGGUCAAGUUCAUUACCAGCUCCCAGAUUUCUCUAAGGUUGCUCCCAAAGUGCAAAUACCUAAAAAUAACCUAAUCAAUAAGUCACUUACAAUAGCUGAACAAGCCAACUUUUCUCCUAAAUUGAGAAAUAAAUCAAUAAUUGUGCAAGACAUUUUGGAAAACUUGUCUAGGUCAAACUGUGUUGGAAAGCAGCAACCAGAGAAGAAAGAGAAAUUUACAGAACCUUCACAACACAUACAGAUAGAGUCUACAGAGCACAUCCACCAAGAACUUCUCACAGGAUUAGAAUCAGAGACAAAUCUGUUGAAGUUGACAUCUGCCUCUCAGAAAGAGCGUUCCUCAAAUUCUUCUUCCAUAUUUCAAAAUAUAUGCCAAGGGAAACAGAUGUAUCAGAAACUAAAAGACCAGACAGAUCAACUGAAGACUAAGAUACAAGAAUUUUCCAAAACAAUACAACAGAACUCUCUCUGCCAUGUGCAAGACAAAAAACUGGUGCUGGAGCAACUUCAGGGACAUCUUGAAGUGCUGGAGCAGGAGUUUGUGGCCACUAAGGAGAAGCGCUUGGCUUUGCAGCAGCAAACCCACGAGCAUGAAUCCCCAGCUGUCGGUGACUUUGAUCCAGAAAGAGAAGUGGAAGGUGAAAUCUUCAAAUUGGAGAUGCUACUUGAAGACGUGAAAGAGAAAAUUGAUGAAAGCAAAUAUACUUCAAUUCUCUUUGUUCCUGUGAAUUCUUCAGCCAUCCCAGAUGACUUGGCAUCUACACUGUCUUCAUCCUCAAAUGAGGAGGACCCCAGCGGUGCAUCGGGAAAGCAGCAGCAUGCAGAGAUGGUGGCACCGAAUCCAAGCUGUGCCUUCUGCUGCCGACUCCUGGAUUGGAAGCAAAAGAUGGAGAGAAACGGUCUCAGAAGGAUCAACUGUGGCAGGUUUUCAAUCAUCAUCCAUGAAAACGUGCUGUACCAAGGUGCAACUCUUGGCUGUGAUACAGGACCCAGCUUCUCUGAUUCCAGCACUGGAGCACAGCACAGUAAAUGUGAACACUGUGAGACUGACAUUCAGAAUUCUCCAAGAGUCUCCAGUAAGGACCCACUGAAAGAAUUUCAUUAUAGAUACAACACCCCAGGACAAUAUUACUUAAAUUGUGGAAGAGAUGCCUUUGUCCAGCCCUGCUCCUUAGAUGAAAAUAAAAUUUCUGCACCUCCUUGUUCAAAACCAAAAGAGCCAUGUUUCCAGGGAGUGAAUUCACAAUCCUUUCAAGAUGAAUGGGAGCCUGCAUUAGGAAAAAGAAAUGUACAGACCGACAGUGCAGAUCCUGCAAUCUUCCCUCCCCAAUUUCAGUCCUGCAUAAUUUCUGGAAGCAAAUCAUUAUAUGACUUCGAUAGCCUCAAAAAAACAGAAUCUAAGAUUUUAAACUCAGCUUUGGAUCAUGCCCUAAACACAGCAAGCAUUUUGAAAAAAACUACUGAUCAAAUGAUUAAAACAAUUGCAGAAGAUCUGGCCAAAGCACAGAGAUGGAGGAAUCAAUUGAAACACUAAGCCAAGGCAGCUAAGUUUAAAAAGAAAAAAUAUGCGAAGAGAACUUGAUCAACGCCCUCCCUCAAAUAUUUUACUUGUUACAUAAUUUAGAAAGAUGUCUUUUUAGAGAAAGUGCUAAAACCAUAAAAGGGUAACACAAAGUAUUUAAAUGGGGUGGGAGGACCUCUGAUUCUUAAAACCAAAAGAAACCAAAUCAAAACAAUAAAAUUUACUUUUAUGUAUUACUUUGAAGAAAAUUAAAGUUUGUGUCAGUGAAGAUGUGGAAAAGAAUUACUCUCAUAUAUUUUUUGGUGGAAAUAUAAACUGAUGAAAUCUUUUAGGAAGCAAAUUUGUUCACACAGAUGCUCCUUGGUUUAUGAGAUUUGUAUCCAGAUGAAUCCUAGUAAGUUGAAAAUUUAUAUAAUAAACCUAACCUACCCCACAUCACUGCUCAGCAAAACAUUUACUGACAAGUGUCUGUUGUUUCCGUGUGACCAAAGGAUGGCUGCCAGUGCCCAGCAUCGGAACAGGAUGAUUCUGCCCAAUACUCUAGCCCAGGGAAAGAUCAGAACUCAAAGUAGAGUCUCUACUUAAGGCGCAUCAAUUUUAUACUACCAUAAAGCUGAAAAAAGUCCAGCUGUUACAAGCUGGAGACUGUGUCUACCAAACUGUACAAAUUCUAAAAGCACUUACCUUCUUACCAGUGAUUCCACUGCUAGCAAUUUCCAGAUGACUCAAAUAUUCCACCAUAGGGCUGGGGAUGUAGCUCAGUGGCAUAGCACCUGCUUGGCAAGUCUGAGGUCGUGAAUUCGAUUGCUGGUACCAAAAAAAAAAAAAAAAAAAAAAAAAAAAUCCAGCAUACAAGAGCAAGGGCCACUGGAUCACUGGUAGUAAUAUCCGCAAGGGGAAUGAAUCUUAA